UUUUUUUAAUUGGCACACGAUUGCAUUCAAAUGCAGUGUGAUAUUUCAGUGUCUGAGAUGCAGUAAGCAAAGCAGCAGUGUUACAGGAAUGCUGAUUCACAGUCCAUGUUUGUGGAUGUUGUUUUUUUUUUUUAAGGCAUAAACAAUCAAAGGAGUUAUUUCAAAGAGGAUUUGUAAGGCAAAGGUUUUUGAAUGUAAAGAUAUUCCAAGUUCUCACAGUGAUGUUCUACAUUGGAAAGAAGAUCUAGACUUCUAAAAGCAGGUUUUUCAGAGAAGACAAACAGGGAGAGGUGAUGCAGGUUGUGAACUAAAGUUACUCGAGCAGUUCUAAAGGACUCAGGUCUGGGCUUUUUGUUAAGGCCGUGGAGCAGCAUUGGCCUGUGGGCAGUGGAAAGCCCCGGAGCAGACAGAUGUACUUCUUAACAAAAUAAUUGUCAUGAGGAAGAAGCAGCCCCUGAACUCUGCAGCUGCAGUGGCUCUGGAUUAUUUGUCAGUGUCACAGAGCAGCCUGACUUGGAAGGGACCCACAAACCUUAUCCAGUCCAACUCCAGGCUUCACCAGUACCAGCCAGAAUCCAAACUGUUCAGAUAUUAAAUGGAACAUCCCAAAUUCCUUCAACUGCAGCAGCUCAGGGCUGUGCUCCCUGCCCUGGGCAGCCUGUUCCAUGUCCACCACUCUCUGGUGGGGAACCUUUCCUUAACCCCCACUUGACCCUCCCCUGGCACAGCUCCGUGCUGUCCCCAGAGAGAAAAGAUGUGUGAGAAGGGAGCGGUGCUGAGUGUGGGUCUGAUGGCAGUGCAGUCUGCUGUGUCCAGAGUGAACUGAGCAGGAAAUCCAGCAGGUUUCACCUCACUGCUGACAGAUGCAGCAGGCAGAGGACAUGCUGGAGUCCAGGUGAGCAACUGCAGGUAGUAAUGAACCCUGUUCUGAGUUUUAACAUCAGGUCUCGUCUCAAGCAGGAGUAACUAAGCACCUCCUUUCUGCUGGCCAGCUGUCCUGUUGGGCAGAGCUUUUGGAAAACAGAGUGACUGGAAGGAAUGAGAGUUCAAUUUAAUAAGCAAAUACCCUACAGUCUCCACAUAGCUACCUGGCAAGAGUUUCUUGUAUGCAUCUCCACUGCCAUGUAAAUCACCACCAAGGGCAUCUAAACCCAAACCUGGAUCUGCGUUAGACUCUGUGAUGUUGACUUCAAGCACAUUUGAGAAAACUCCAGCUUCAAUUGUUGCUGAACAAGUACACUGAAACUGACAUUAAGUUGUGAAAUGAGAUUAGUGAGAGUGCAAGAGAAGCACUAUAACUGAUAGCAGAGCUGGGCUCUGUGAUAAGGGAGCCUGCAGCGUGUGAUAGGAUGUGCUGUGCGACUUCAGGUCGGGUGCUGGGGGAAGGGGAUCGUCUAAUCUUUGUGCAGCAGUGUGUGAGUAUCAGACCUCGUGGUGGCCUUGGUGACAGUCCCCUGGUGGUGGACUUCGUCCAGCAGAAGCUUCCAGCAGCACAUGGCUGUGCGCUGCUCUGCAGGGCAGUGCAGGAAGCAGGUGCAGGGGGGGUGUGGGGAGGAGCUUCCUGCAACUUGUGUUGUGAGGGUUGGAGAUUGAAAUACUCAUAGGUCCCUAACCCAGAGAACUGCCUCUUCCACUCCAGCCUUUUUCAAUAUAGAAACAGAUAAGAACAGCUUUGAUUUUUUUUUUUACAAAUUAUUAUUAUAAUUCUUUUGUUUGCAAGCAUCCCAACACAGCGUGGGGCUGACAUCCCGUCCUGCAGGAAUGGCUGUAAGUGCUCCCAUUGCCAGGUCAGUAACACCACAUCCACAGCCUGGUGUGCGGGGCCCUCUUUCACCUCUGCUUUGUUCCACUCAGGACCUGAAUAAUGCAGGGCUGUAAGCUGAUCCUGAACGCCUCUCGGGUUUCCCCACAAAGCUCAGAGAGGCUGAACCUGCAGCUGCAGCACUGAGUGGUGGGAUGCACUGUGGGGCUGCUGCCCUGUUGGGUCCCCUUGAGCCUGGCCUGGCUCCUCAGUGCAGGCAGCCUGGGUGUCCCACAAUCCAAAAUGCAGUGAGGAUAAGGCCAGGCUGCGGGCUUUUGGGGUGGUUGGAUGUUGCACAUUGAGCCCAAGCAGCCCUUGGGGUUCAUGGAAUCAUUCUGGUUGGAAAAAAACCUCUGAGAACCCCAAGUCCGACCCCGCUGUGCCUGCUGACCACAACCCACAGUGCCGUAUCUCGGCAGCUCUGAACACCUCUGGGGAUGGUGAUUGCCACCUCCCUGAGCAGCUGUGCCAGCGUAUCACCGCUCUCUCUUAGAAAUUGUUUUCAGUAUCUAACAUCACCAGUCACAGGGAUGGGGUUGGACUGGGAAGGGCUGACACACAGCCGCCCUUUCUGCUGCCCUACAGCACUCCCCGCUGCAGGCCCAAGCCCCGUUUCCCGCUUCCUCCCACCGGGGCAGGAAGCGCUGAGCCCCGGUUCCUUCCUGUGCAGGACAGGAGAAGGGCUGAACCGCGUCCUGCAGCUCGUAGCUGAGCGGCCCUGGGCCCUCCUCAGCUGGGAGCAUCCCUGAGCUGAGAAGCAGGGCCUGGCUGAAGGUAGGGAGCAGCGCGGCAGCAUAAGGGGAAUGGGAAUGGAGAAGGUGGGGAGGGCAGUUCAGCAGUGGGACACAUCUGCCAGGGCUGUGCCCUGUGCUGCACUAUGCUUUGGGUGUGCAGGAAAAUGGGGGGGAAGGGGGUCCUGGUGCCACCAGCUCUGCCUGGCUGAGGUGCAGCUGCAACUCAGCAGCCAUGUGGCUCCCAGCCAUGAAUGGGAGCAGAAAAGCAGCCCAGCUCUGUGUCCCGGCCACCCUGGCAGGGUGUUUCUCGCUGGGUUCCCCCACCGGUGCUACUUGUGAGCAGAUCUGCAAAGCAGUUUGGGGUGUAGGAGCCCUGGGGGUCCUCCAGUGGGAAUCCCCAUCCCAGGGGGGAGGGCAGAGGUGCCCAUUCCCAGCUGCUGGCUUACCUGGCCAGCAGACGCUCCUCCUCUGCAGGAGAGGCCUGGGUGGGGCUUUGAGAGCCAGGUAUCGGAGCCCAGCGGGGACUCUGCCAGGGCCCAGCACCCCACGAGCCCACAGCCACCCCACGCACCUGUAAGUCUGUGCUGCCUGGGUGGGAUCGGGCGCCGUGUGGGAGCCUUCACCCUCGGGCUGCACGGGGAAGGGAGUGUGGGGAGCCCGGGGUUGAGAGCAGGGGGUUGGGGCUGCUGUCAGCUGUGGGGCUCGGAUCAGAGUCACGUCCCUGUCACACUGCCCACAAAGAGCUCUCUGUGCUGCAUUGACUUAAAGCUUUGGUUUUGGGUCCCGCGUGGAGAAAUGUGCUUUUUCCCUUUCUUCCUCUUUAUGGGAUGAGCUUUGUGCCAGGGGAUGCACGGUGUGCAGGGCAGGGCUGCCCUGAGCCGUUGGGAUCGCUCACCCCAGGGCAAAGUGCUGCCCUGAUUUUUCAUUUCCUCUGCUCCAGCUGCGUGAAACCACGUCUGUGUCUGCUCUGCAGGUUGAGCCCCAGCUGCUCUGCUCCCAGCACCGCAGGCAGCCCCUGCAGCAGCAAGGCCACAGCAUUUCCUCAUUCUCCUUUCUCUUUGCUGUGGGAAGAGCCCACUUGGCCAGGAGGCUCCAAACAGGAGGGAGCAGCGUGCUGGGCUCCUGGCAGCUGGCUGUCCCCAGGGGGCAGUUCUUGGGGACACCCCUGGCAGGGUGCUCUGCCCAAUACAACCCCGUGCUCAGGAGGAGCUCGGCUGCGCUGUGUUCUCCACACUGGCAGCCAGGGAUCCCUUUGGCCAUCCUCAUUACCACCACGAGCUGCCCAGUGCAGAGCUGGGGGCUGAGUGCCAGCUUACCCCGAGGCUGAGCUUCCCCGUGCCAUGGGGGAAGGUGAGGCUGGGAACGUGGGAAGAGCUGACUGCAGGGCGGUGAGCACUAACCUGGGCCUGGGAGGAGAUUUCAAGUGGGUUUCAGAGGCAAUUGCUUUGAAGAAACGAUGACAACUAGAGUACAGCCAGUGCAGCAUUUCCCAUGUCUCCUUCCCUGACACCACUUGGCCUAAGCUGGAAGGAAGCAACUGCUCCCAGAUGGGGAGAAAAUGGAGUCAUCCCCAGUAAUGUGAUGCAGCUGUGAUCAGCUAAGAUAUCCAAGCUCCCAGGGACCCAACUCAAGAGAAUGGGGUGUAAGAACAACCCUUAAUGAACAUCAGAGACCACUUGCAGAGUUCCUGCAGCCCAGCUGGAGCAGACGUGACUCAUCACACCCAGGACAAAGGGCGAGCUCAGGGCAGCUCCAUCUGAUUUUAGUGCUUAUCUGAGUGAUGAACGUGAGGUCAGCUCAGCUAGGAUAGCAACAGCUGCUGCAUCGAGGGGACGUGCUGUGUGUCACCCCAUUAAGGUGUUAACACCUCCCAGCAAAGGAUUUCUGGACCAGAAAAUGGAUUUUCUCCUUAAAACAGUCUGUUUUCUGCUUGUAUUUCCCCAUCAGUGCUGAACGAGGCUGUUUUCCCCAGCAGUUGAUGUAUUUAGGAGUUCUGGGCAGCUCUCAGUUCUCGCUAUGCUGUGUCUCCACGUGUGGCUCACAGAUGCUUUCAGCUGAACACAGGUGCUGUGAGUUGGGAUGCAUGUGCUGCAGCUGCAGGGCUGGGUGCUCACCUGCACUCUGCUUUCCCCCUUCUAGGGCAGACCCAGUUGCAUUAAUAAUGGAAAAACCCCAGGUAAACUCAGGAGCCUUUUAGCCUCGGUGCCACGCCUCUGCUGCAAGGAGAAAUAUCUCAAGGGCACUAAUGUCUCUGUGAAGGUGACUUCAAGGCUUUCUUGUCCUCCUGAGUGAGGGACGUGGCUGUGCUGGGCUGUUGGCAGCUGCCUGGGUCAGUAGUGCCACUGGUGCUGCCUGUGGGGCGUGGGCAGGAGGGGAUGUGCAGCAUGCAAUAGGAAGCUGCAGAGUUGGAAGAGCAACGUGGGCUCUUGUGCCUGGUGGGUUUCUCCCAGCUGGGCUGUGUGGUGCCCCUGGGUGAGCACUCCUGUGUGCAUCCCAGUGCCACCUUGCUGUCAUCCUGCUGUCCCAGUGUAGGGAAGGAGCUUUAUCGUGGGCUGUGCUCUGAUGCAUCUCUCUCCUGCAGGGCUCUCAGCAGGCCAGCCCAGUGCUAUGCGGGUCUCCCUGAAGCGCUCCCUCACGGCUGUGUUUGCAGCCUCCUUCUUCCUCCUCCUCCUCCUCCUCCUCCUGCACAGGGGCAGCUGGCAGCAGCAGGAUUUCCAGAAGGUGGAGUUUAGGAAUCUACCUUCAGAUACGGUCCUGAAGACACUGAAGCAAGGAGCCCUGCACAUCCACCAGGACACAGACAGCCUCUCUGCACUCAACAACAUCACCUACCACCUCCUUGUUGGUUCCCCAUCACCCCACAAAAAGUUCUUAGCUGUAGGACUGUCAUCAGUGCGACGACCGCGUGGAUAUUACCUCCCAGACACGCUGCAGUCCCUCUUCAAGCAGUCAUCAGAAGAGGAGCUGCAGGAGAUGGUGGUGGUGGUGCACCUGGCCGAUGCAGACCCCAGUUGGAACGCCCAGGUGGCCGCUGACAUCAGCCAAAGGUUCGCUCACCACAUCCUCCUGGGCCGGCUCGUGCUUAUCCACGCUCCCCAUGAGUUUUACCCGACCCUGGAAGGCCUCAAGAGAAACUACAACGACCCAGAGGCGCGGGUGAAGUUCAGGUCCAAGCAGAAUGUGGAUUAUGCCUACCUCGUCACCUUUGCUGCCAACCUCUCCUCCUACUACUUGAUGAUUGAGGAUGACGUGUUGUCUGCCAAGUCCUUCUUCACCGCCAUCCGCAAAGCCGUGGCCUCCCAAGAAGGCUCCAACUGGGCCACCCUUGAGUUCUCCAAGCUGGGCUACAUCGGUAAGCUUUACCGUUCCAGUGACCUUCCUCGCUUGGCUUGCUUCCUCCUCCUCUUCUACCAGGAGAUGCCCUGUGACUGGCUGCUGGACCACUUCCGCCUCCUGCUUACUCAGAAGGAUGUGAUCCGCUUCAAGCCCUCCCUCUUCCAACAUAUGGGCCUCUACUCCUCCUUCCAAGGUAACAUCAACCGACUGGAGGAUGACGAGUUCAAGGCUGAUGGCAUGGACCUUCCGGACAACCCACCAGCAGCCGUGUUCACCAGCAUGCUUGUCUUUGAGAACUAUGAGCCCUCCAAGGCUUAUAGCACAGCAAAGGGAUAUUUCUGGGGGAAAAACCCAGCAGCUGGCAGCAUCUUCUGCGUUGUCUUCCACCAACCAGCCCGUGUAACCCGUGUCCGGGUGCAGACGGGCUCCAGUGAGCGCCAUGGGGACUUCCUGCGUGCAGGGGUUCUGGAGCUGGGUCAGAGGCGGCGGGCUGAUGGCCGGGACUGCUCAGUGUACACCACUGUGGGCACCUUUGAGAAAGGGAACUUAGAGCGGUGGGAGCUGGAGAAGGGAGCACCCAACCCUGUGGAGUGUGUGAGGAUCCGGGUCACCCAGAGCCAGAGCGAGUGGCUCAUCAUCCAGAGCAUCGACAUCUGGACUGCAGACACCUGACCAGGGCUGUGAUGGGUCACCACGGUGGUUGGAUUUUGCUCUAAGAAGAGGUUUAUUUUUCUCAGUCCUUUUUUUGAUGGAGAAUUAAAUUAUUCAGUCAAGCUG